GGGAGUAAUAAAAUCAUGCACCUCUUUAUGUUCAAGUUGAUUGUUUAAAAAAAACAUGGACUACACAAAUAAUACGGAUGCAGAAUAACAUAUAGUACUUCAUAUGUACUUACAAAAUAAUAAUAAUAAUAAUAAUAAUAAUAAUAAUAAUAAUAAUAAUAAUAAUAAUAGUAAAAUAAAAGCUAUUAUUAUCUUUGUCAAGACUGUCAUAUUAUUAUUGAGCUCUAAUAAUGAUACUAUGUACUACGUAUAUCAGAAGAUAUUUCUUCUGUCUAAUUAUAAUUGAUUCCGUGACAUGAGGCAUCUAUCUAAUUUGGGUGAAAACAUUAACUAAGAUUUCAUACUAUUGAUAACUAAUACGGAGUAGUAAACUAAAUUUUUUAUACAAUUUUUUUAUAUUAUGAAUAUACAUAAUCAUUAGUCAAUGUAUGCCUCUAGUGCCUCACGAAAGUUUGUUUGUUCUUUUAUUUGUAUUAGGCAUGGGCUUAUCUAAGUAUAUAAGUUAAGUCACGGACUAUUACAGUUAUUUAUACAUGUGUAAACGUGAUGCAUAUAAUUAUUAUUAUCGUACGUAGUAGUUAUUAAUAUAGUAUUUAUUAUAUAAACAUAUUACGGAUAUCUGAUCGUAUUAUCUAUGCAAACCAUUAACUAAUUAAUUUUAAAUUAAUUAUGGUGUAGUUCAUCCAUGGCUAAUAUUAGCAAAAGAGAGUUCGACGUCCUUGAUUUAUCUGGUCAAAAGUACUUGGAAUGGAAAGUUGACGCUUUGGCACAUUUAAAAGCAAAUGCCCUCGAAAACACAAUUGCUGAAAAUAAUUCAGCUACUCCCCAAAAUAAGGCAAAAGCCAUUAUCUUUCUUCGUCACCAUCUUCACGAAAGUUUGAAGUCUGAGUAUUUAUUGGUAGAUGACCCUAAAGAAUUAUGGGAUAAUCUCGAAGAAAGGUAUGGCCAUCAACAAAAGGUCAUUUUACCAAAAGCUCAAUAUGACUGGAUCAAUUUAUGAUUCCAGGAUUACAAAUCUAUAAGUGACUACAAUUCUGCCUUGUUCCAAAUAACAUCAAAAUUGAAGUUAUGCGGACAAAAAGUCACUGAUGCCGAAAUGUUGGAAAAACUCUAUCCAAUAUGCAUCUUUCAAAUAUGCUUUUACAAGAGCAAUAUAGACAAAAGCACUUUCAAAAGUAUUCUGAUUUAAUAUCAGUAUUACUACUUGCUGAGACGAAUAAUGACAUUUUGAUGAGAAACCACAAUAUGAGACCCACGGGUUGUAGCCCUUUUAGUUUUGGUCCACAAAAUCAUGGUUCAAAACAUGAAUCAAAUGCAACCCAUAGUGGUGCUCGUGGACAUUUCAAACGUGGUCGUGGUAUUGGUCGUUAUAAUGGACCUAGCCGGGGAAACAAACAGAGUAGUAGCUCUUACAAAGGCAAGGGAAAGCAAAAACCCCAUCAAACAAGAGGCCCGACGAAAUCUUCAGAAAAGGCUAAAGUCACUUGUUUUAAAUGUGGCACGUCGGGAUAUUGGGCAAAUAAGUGCGACACACCUACACAUUUGGUUGACUUAUAUAAAUCAUCUCUAAAAGGAAAGAAUGUGGAAACUAAUUACGUCAACGAAAACGUUCCACCAAUGCCCACAUUUAAUAUGUCUGAUUUCUAUAUGGAUAAUAAUGAGAUGAACACUGACAUCGUCAUGGGUGAAAAAUAAUAAUAAUAAAAAUGAAAUUAUUCUGUUAUGUAAUAUAUUCUACAAUAAAAGUUUGUUGUAUUGUAAUUUUUAUUUGAUGUGCUUGUUUCGGUUGUAAAAGUUAUGUACAUUUUAAUGAAUAAAUUCUUGUUUAUAU